AUGAAUAUCACACCUUUCGGAAGCUGGAUGAUUUCGGAGCAAUUUCCAGUGGCAAUUGUUUACCAAAACAAUCAGUAUUACCUCUUGGAUGUGAAAGGUCGUUUGGGUAUUUAUAGUCCUGAACAAAGAGUCAAAUUUGACUUUAGUUCGUGGACGGUUGGAUUUUUGGAUUUGGAUCAGAAAUUGGUGAAUCUGAGCUUUUUAGCUGCAGGAGGAGAAGAAGACGGGCCGGAGAUUUAUGCUGUUAUUCUUAGCCAUAAUGGUACGAAAGUUUGGGUUUACGGUUUCAACCCUGCUGAAAAUAUAUGGGUUCGAGUUGAAAACCUAAGUGGCAUUAUGGUUUUUGAUAGUGAUACUGCAUAUUUCUGGACAAGAGCUACUGUACCCUUGAUGGGUAACAAGAUCUACUUCCCGGAAUUUCAUGGAAAAGAUGGGGUAUUCUAUUCCUUAACCACCAAGAAAUAUCACUCUUAUGAUGGUCGUUUCUCCGGCGAAGGACUUCAUGGAUGUAAAGAUUAUUUGGCCUCUUCCUCCAUUUGGAUCAAACCAUCCAUGGUGUUACUUGAUUAG